AUGUCGAUGGAAGAUUUCAACGAAUUUCGGAAGAAAUUGCUCUCAUCUGUCAAUAACCUGAAGCGCAAUAUGCGGCGUUACCCCGUCUUCAACAGCGACCGUUCGCAACACAAUGCGAAUGCAACUGCAACUCAACUUGAGUCUAGCGAACGGUGCUGCGUAGCGGUGAAGUUUCGUUGUGGUUGGGUGCGGUGUAGCCGUAAGCGUUCACGACGUGCUCUGAAUACUGACCUCGAGAGAGUGGCUCUGUCGAAGAAACUGAACGUUGCAGUAUCCAGUGAGGAUCCUCACAUGGGAAUUUGCUCGUAUCAUUGGCGUUUAAUCAAGAAUGGGGAGCAAGAUGUUGCUCUGAACAGCGAAGAGCUCAAAUUCUGGGAAGCAAGCGAGACUAAAGCUGACAAAUACCCUCGUUACGGUGAUAUGAGUGAUGUAAUGAUUGUUGGAAGUUCUACUUCAUCUGAUCACGAGGAUUCUGAUGACGGCACAACAACAGAUGAUGGAAAAAGGAAUAUACUCCAACAAUCAGAAUUGAACUGGAGAGAGGUGGACAUGAAGCAAAAGAAAGUGAGAUGUGCUUCUGACGUCGCCGACGAGAGCGAGCACCACAGGGAUAGUGAGGAAGAGGAAAGAAGUGGGCUGUCCACUUUAUCAGCCGCCAGUCUGCGAAGAUAUCGGAAGUUCUUUAUGAUUCCUACGAAGGCAAGUGCAAGCAAGCAUGCGAUGUUGGAAGGUGUUGCGAAUCACUUCGAAAGGCUUCCUGUGCGGACUAGCGAUACAGUUGUCCAUUUUAUUUACACAGCUAGAAAUCGUAUUAAUACAAUUGAAUAA